GUUUGCUUGUUUGCCCUGCGAUUGGCUGGCAACCAGUUCAGGGUGUACCCCGCCUCCUGCCCGAUGACAGCUGGGAUAGGCUCCAGCAUGCCCGCGACCCGCGUGAGGAGAAGCGGCUCAGAAAAUGGAUGGAUGGAUGAUUCAAUUUUCUUAUUCAUUGAUUAAUGCUGUUGUUUUAAUGCCUCCACGCGAUCCAUAAAAUACGGAGAGAAAAGAAAUGCGGUGACUUCCUCUGCAAUGACGGUGGAUGUCCACUUGGGGGAGUUACAUGUCCAGACGAUGACGUUGAGGCCACCGUCGCAGCUGAGGAUGCUGGGAGGAGGAAGAUGAAGAUGAGCGGGAGAAGGAGGAGGAGGAUGAAGAUGACAGCAGCGGAAGAGUAUUGACACCUAACCACACACACACGAAAGCUAAUAGCUAACUGCUACAUGCACGCACAGAUUCCUUUAUACAUGCUGGCAGAAGGUGGCUCGUCAGUACAGUAGCUACUAAUGCACACAGUCGCUUUGUCCUAAUUGCUGCCAAAAAGAAGCUAACACACGUACACGCACGCGCGCGCGAUGCAGUGUCCCAGGUGUCCUAUUGGACGUAGACAAAGCGGGCAGGAAUUGGUGAACAUACAUGACAUUCUCUCGUUUCGCACUCACACAAGAGUGAAAAGGCCUUGGCGGCCCAUAUAAGUACAAAUGUUGUGAUCGCUGACUGAGAAGCAGCAAGACUCGAGUUCGAUAUGUCCAAACGAGCUGCGGGAGGCCGGGGCAAGGGGGAGAGAGCGGACACCAUGGCGACCGUUCAAGCCGUCAAUGAUGAACUGAGAGCUAAACUAAUAGACAUCCAGUUAGAACUUCAGCAGGAGAAGAACAAGGUUAGUCGUCUGGAGAGAGAGAAGAGUCAGGAACUGAGGACGGAGCAUCACCGCGCCGCCGUUGCCGUGACGGAACUCAAAAGCAAACUCCACGAGGAGAAGCAAAAGGAAUUAGCCUUUACCAGGGAGACGUUACUACGGCAGCACGAGAUGGAAUUGAUGAGGGUGAUCAAAAUAAAAGAUGGAGAAAUUCAACGAUUGAAUGGUUUGGUGCUAACCCUGCGGGAUGGUUCCUUGGAUAAGGUGAGGAGUGCUUUGCUGGCAGAGGUGGACGAGACACGGAGGAGCUGGGAGGCUGAGCGAUCGCGCUUCCAGCAGGAGCUUCAGGAGCAACGUGGAGCGAGGAGGAGCGCGGAAGAAGCUCUGGCGGUGGCGCACCAGGCCUGCCAGUCCCGAGUAGCUGAGCUGCGCUCUGCUCAUCAUCAACACCAGGAGGAGCUUCACAGAACCAAGAGAGACUGUGAGAGGGAGAUCCGCCGACUGAUGGACGAGAUCAAACUCAAGGACAGAGCAGUUAGUGUUUUGGAUAAAGCUCUGGGGCUCCAGGCUGGCCACGCCCACCGACUUCAGCUGCAGACUCAGGCUGCUGAGCAGCAAAUUGCAGCCCUGAGGGAUGCACAAAGGGCGGGGCUAAACUACCCAGGAAACGUCAGUCACACCGCUACGAACAAUCCUCUUCAGAUCUCUCAGGAGGAUCGAGACAUGCGAAGAUUUCAACUGAAAAUCGCUGAGCUCAGCGCAGUCAUCAGGAAACUGGAGGAUCGAAAUGCUCUCCUGUCUGAAGAACGCAACGAACUGUUGAAGCGACUGAGAGAAACAGAGAGUCAGUUUCUUCCUCUUCUGGACAAAAACAAACGCCUGAGCAGGAAGAAUGAAGAGCUAUCGCUCAUGCUGUGUCGCCUUGAAAACAAACUGCGCUUUGUCACCCAGGAGAACAUGGAGAUGGCAACUAUGAGAAGGCCGAGUUCGCUCAACGACCUGGACCGCAGCAACUCUGGUGGUUACCAUGGUUACAGCCAGGAGGACAGUGAAAUGGAGUUUCUGCGACUUCAAGUUCUGGAGCAGCAGCACAUCAUUGACGACUUGUCCAAGGCUCUGGAAACAGGAGGUUAUGUGAAAAAUGUCAUUGAAAGAGAUUUGUUGUUACGAUACAGACGUCAGGAAUCGGUGAGGAGGAAACGAACUGUGAGGUCCUGCAGGGUGAUAGAAACGUUUUAUGGUUAUGAUGAAGACGUUUCGGUGGACUCAGAUGGAUCAUCCUUAUCUUUUCACACUGACAAAACCCCUGACACGGAACCUGAAGAGGUGUGUGUUCGUGAGGAGGCGGAGCUUCGCUAUCGCCAACUGACACAAGAAUAUCAAGCUCUGCAAAGAGCCUACGCUCUGCUAACUGAGACGAGUGGCGGGAACUAUGACGCUGAAAAGGAGAUCAAGACCAGAGAACAACUGCUGUCAGAAAUCAGUCAAUGUCAAACCAGAGUAACAGAUCUGGAGUCAGCAUUGAAACAACAAGGACGGGAUGUGAAGUGGGUGGAGGAGAAGCAGCUGUUGUAUCAGAGGAAUCAGCAGUUGUUGGAAAAGGUGAGGCUUAUGGAGGCCGAAGACGUUUGUCUGAAAAACGACAUCCAGGACAUCAGAGACCAAAAUGAACUACUUGAGUUCAGAAUCUUAGAGCUGGAGGAAAGGGAGUGGCGUUCCCCUGGCAUGAAAUUCCAGCAAGUCCAUUUCCCAGACAGCCUCAGUCCAUUGCAAGUGUAUUGCGAGGCGGAGGGCGUAACUGACAUCGUGAUCAGUGACCUGAUGAAGAAGUUGGACAUCCUCGGCGAUAACGCCGUAAGUAAUCUGGCCAAUGACGAGCAGGUGGUUGUGAUUCAUGCCAGGACUGUUCUCACCCUUGCUGAGAAGUGGUUGGAAUCCAUUGAAGUGACAAAGUCGGCACUGCAACAGAAGAUGUUGGACAUUGAAAGUGAGAAGGAUUUGUUCUGCAAGCAGAAGGGCUACCUAGAUGAAGAGCUCGACUUCAGGAAGCGCUCCAUGGAUCAGGCUCAUAAGAGGAUCCUGGAGCUGGAGGCCAUGUUGUAUGAGGCGCUACGGCAACAGGAUGAGUCCAGAAUUGUUGGACAGAAGGACGGUUGUGUGAAUGACAUGUUAACAGAGGACCAGAGGGAGGGGCUUAAGAGCGCAAUGGACCAAUGGAAACGAGCUGUGAUGUGCGAGCUGAGGGAGCGAGAUGCUCAGAUCCUCAAAGAACGAAUGGAUCUGCUGCAAGCCACACAACAGAGAAACAAAGAGUUGGAAGAAUUCAUUGAAGCUCAGAAACGACAAAUCAAAGAAUUAGAGGAGAAGUUUCUCUUUCUCUUCUUAUUCUUCUCUCUGGCCUUCAUCCUGUGGUCCUAACAUCCGCUGAGUCUGGCAUCCUGCAGCUGAACACUCAGCCUAUCCGAAACCAGCUGACCUCAAUGUCCCACAAUGCCUGUGUGCUGAUUCCCGGCGCAGGUGAUGAUGAUUUCUACUGCCUUUGUUUCACAUUUUCGAAGUACUAUUUUACCUAUCUGAAGAAGUAUGUUGUUAAUAUAGUUGUAAAAGGUUCAAAUAAAGUGAGUGUGAAAAGGA